AAAGUUUUCACCCACAACUGAUUGGAUUGCUUCUUAUGGAUUACCUUAUAGUUUGGACAACAUUCACAUGCAUUGUAUGGAUAAACCAACAUCAUAUCUCCAUCAAAGAAAGUCAUACGAGUUUGAGACAACAUAAGGGUGAGUAAAUGAUGAAAGAUUUUGCGGUGAACUAGCCCUUUAAAUUCUCAUAAGUGAGGUUAUUUUGUUAACUUUUCUUGCUACUAUGGAAGGAGAUUUUACCCUUAAGCUCACAUUGAAGGAUCAAGUAGGAAUCAAAGGUUUUUCAGAGUGGACUGCAUCAUACUAUAAUAUCAAGAGACUGAAAGACUAAUAAGGUUGUAAACUUUUCAGUAUUUAUAUGGUGUAACAGCCCUGUUUUUCUCCUAGUGCCAUUCUGUAGGCGUGUAUUGUUUCAGGCAACCUAGUCUCAUAGAAUGAGCGUUACUAUAACUACAUUUUUGCAAACUGACUUUUAUGUGCCAUGUUUUCAGUUUUGUUGCAGUUUCCUGGUGAAAUCAACACUAGAGGCACUCCAACAACUGCAUUGAAGCUGACAUGUGAGACGAAAGCGACACAAAAUAAUGUGGUUGCUUCAGAAAAUUUGCUUUCUUUUCUUUCUUUUUUUUUUUUUUGUGGAUUUUCUCCCCAAUUUGGCAUGUCCAAUUCCCAAAGUCCUUAUGGUGGCGUAGUGACUUGCCUCAAUCCGGGUGGCGGAGGAAGAAUUUCAGUUGCCUCCACAUCUGAGACAAUCAAUCCGCACAUCUUAUCACGUGGCUUGUUGAGCGCGUUACCACGGAGACCUAGCGCAUGUGGAGGCUUCACGCUAUUCUCCAUGGCAUCCAUGCACAAAUGACCACGCGCCCCACUGAGAGCGAGAACCACAUUAUAGCGACUACGAGGUGGUUACCCCAUGUGACUCUACCCACCCUAGCAACCGGGCCAAUUUGGUUGCUCAGGAGACCUGGCUGGAGUCACUCAGCACACCCUGGAUUCAAACUUGCGACUCCAGGGGUGGUAGUCAGCGUCUUUACUUGAUGAGCUACCCAGAACCCCCCAGAAAGUUUGCUUUUGAUGUCACACUUGCUUUUUCCACACUAUCGGUUAGGUUUAGAUGUUGAUUUAGGGUAAGGAUGUCUGUUUUAUUUAACUUUCCUUUUUGUUUACAACACUAUUGGUUAGGUUUAGGCAUUGGUUAAAGGUAAGGAUGUCUGUUUUGUUUACCUCUCAUUUGCUUUUAAAACCGUGUUGCUUACAAUUUAAGUUACAAUUUUAGGUUGGAAAGGUAUGUUUUACUUGUUUAAACCUGAUUUUUAGAUGCACACAACUUUGGGUCUAACAAACAAAGAGAGAUGAAAACAGAGAGAGGCUUCUUGGAGAUCUGUUCUGUCUCUAGGUGCUUUGGACCGUAAGGUCUCUGGUUUAACAAGGGAUUCUUUCAGCUUUGUGGAGGAAAAGUGUGAGAAUGCACAGCAAACUAGAGAGGAGCUAUAGACCAAAGAAAUGAGGGGUGUAUAUAGAUGGUCCAUGUGAAAGGUAAACAAGACUGCUCCAGCCCUGAAUUCGUUUUCUUCUUUAGGGUCUAGGUCUAUGAAGAGACACCAGACACACACCAAAACAGACCCAGGAUUAGCUGCUACAGGUAACCUCAGGCAGACAAAAUAAUGCAAUUACUGUGAAGUUCAAUUCUGUGGUUAGUUUCAUACAACUGGUUUAUAUGGGGUUUUAUGUUAGAAUGCCUUUGAAGACUGUUUAUACAAAAGGAGCAUAGUUUGAAAUGGAAGGAAAAUUGUGUAAUACCAAUAUAUUGAGACUGAGUGUUGCUACUUUCAGCGGGUGACCAUGUCUCGUCUAUGUGUCUCAUUCUUCCUGUGUGUGGUUUUGCUUGGACUGCUCUGUCUCACAGGGGCAGAGGAAAGCCAAGCUGAAUCCAGGGAAAAAAGGGGUGUGCCUAACUGGGCACUAACAUCUUCAGACUUUUUCGGCUGGAUUGAAGAGCUGCGUUCUCAUGCUGGUUAUGAAAAGAUCGAGGAAUUGGCCAGAACCUUCUGGGCUCACUUCCCUUCUGCCAGCCGCCUGGGUUAUGACCCUCCUGCUCCAGAAGAAUAAUGCCACAUGAGUCUGUAUGUUAUUAAGACAGUUUUACAUUCCAUGUCUUUUCUAUUUAGCCAGACGUGUUUCUAGGCAAGACUAAGUUUUUGGUUGGUUAAAAUGACAUAAAACCCAUGAUAUA